ACGUCGUGCUUCAGCCUGACCAGCUGCGGCCACGUGUACUGCGACGUCUGCCUGGGCAAAGCUCCCGGGUUAAGAGAGAACAUCACCACCUUCUCAGAAGCCACGUCAGAGAGAAACACCAACCCCAUGUCUGUCUCGUGGGUCAUCUUGGGUGACUUGAAAGCAUGCAGCUCGGCCCUGUCUCCGUCUGGCUGCUGUCAUUCUCCGGUAGAAAGGGCGAGUGCUUGAUUUGUAAAGUGCCCUGUCGCACACUUUUACUUUCGGAACAGACGGAUGCGGAUAUCCAGGCACUGUUCACGGGCAUAGACGGCCUGUGUAGGAAGUACUCAAGGGAGACCUGCCAGGUUUCAGAAUUUCAAGAAAAGCACAGAAAGAGACUGUUGGCCUUCUACAGAGAAAAGAUCUCCAAGCUGGAAGAAUCCCUUCGGAGGUCAGUGCUGCGGAUGGAGCAGCUGCAGGGCACGAGGUUGUCACAACAGUCAGCUUUCAGCACAAUAAAAACUCCGGUUUUGACCCCUUCGGCGAGGCCCGGCGGACACCUGCCUCUGCCCCCCGACUCAUCAGCCUCUGACAGGGUGGUGUCCAUGCAGGUUGACCCUACUCCUUCCCCAGCAAGAAAACCUGAGGUAGCAGCUGGCCCGGCAAGAAUCUCACUGAUCAGCCCACCUCAAGAUGGACGCAUGGGCGGCGUCGCCCACCACGGGCCUCAGCUCCUCGGCCUGAUGCCAAGUCACAGCGACCCGUCCCAGGCUCUCAGGAUCCUGCCCCUGCCUUUCCCGGGCAAGGGACCGCCGCAGGCGCCAGCGCCCCGGGCCCCAGGCCGAGCAGGAGCAGGGGGGCCCUCGCCCAGCCGCACCCCCAGGCAGCCCAUCAGCAUCUCCGCGCUGCUGCAGAGACGGCAAGCAGGGUCUGCUGGCCUCGGGGGCGUCCCGCCCGGAAGGUGAAUGAGCUCCCGCCCGGGGCUGGCCGUGCGGGGCCCUGGGCACCGGCGUGUGCGCUGAGGCAGUAAGAAGACGCGUGCGGUUCUCCUGAUGGAACAAAGCAGUAUCAUUGAAUAAAGGACUUUUCUGAUGACCCAGGGUGGCAUGUGUGUGAUAUGUUUCAAACUUUGCUCUUUUUAG